UCGGAAGUCAGUCAGUCACUCGCAAGUGGUCGUAGACGCAGCGGGACCUAAUCAUACUCCAAAAGGAGUACUCGUGCUAGUGUCCUCUAAAUUAAGUUCUCUAGUGUCGUGUCGUACUGCUCAACGGUUGCGUAGUCGACAACCACACCCCAAACAAAAACAAAAACCACACGAGAAUUACCAUGGGCAAUUCGAAACUUUCACGCAAUCAAAAGAAAGACGAAAGUCAAAAGGUGGAAGAGGGUGCAACGGAAGUUCCACCGCCGAAAUCUUCAAAAAACGAAAUCUCACGUCUUACGAUGGCUAGCGCAGAACAUGGAGCGGAUCAAGCUGAUCGUGGCAUGCGCAAGGAGUACUUCAACAGCAGUGGAGCGGGCAAGUUUUUGCCUCCGGUUUUGAAACUUCUCGAGCUGGCUGUCGCAAUCGUUUGCAUCGGACUGAUCGAUGAUCCGGCCCACAAAACACGGCUUCGCGUGUUCGUCUCAUCGCGCACGGUGGCGCUGGCUUACGCCACCUUCGCCAUAUUUUUGGUAUUCUCCGUGGUCUAUCUGUUCGGAAAGGUUAUACGAGACAACUUCCCGUGGAAACUGAGCUCGCUUCUGAACUUGACCGGUUUCAUCUUAUACUUAGCGACAGCGGCCUGCAUUCUGAGCGAUUGGUCCGAGACGAAAAACCGCAACUAUUGGCCCCCGAACACGCAAAGAAUGGAUUUUCUAUGCGGUGCUGGUUCGGUUGCAGUGGUUGGUGCGUUGUUCUACCUGAUCGACCUGAUCGUCACCGUGCGUCUAGGCAUGAAGGGUGAAAUUGAGUAAACAAAGCUCAAAAGAAACUUUUUUUUAAACAUAAUAUCAUAUCCUAGGCUACACAUUUUGUCGUAAAAUUCUUCCAUCCCUUAGAUGUUAAGCUUAUAACGUUACAUGUUAUUUUCUUUUUUCGAAACUCCCUGUAUAUAUCGAGAUACGAGCUAUGCAAGCCAAACUACCGUUUAGCCACAUUUUCCGGUUGUGAUUAGUGCUGGAAAAUCAAACACAAACACCAUUAGCUCGACCCAGUGACAAGAUCGUCCAAAAGCAUUUUAACCAAUUUCCGUCCACAAAAAUGAUAUCACUCAACAAAGUUUAACCUUCAUUAGCUUGAUCACCUGCGAGAGCGUGCUAUAAAAUUCUUUAUCGAUUAUCGGAUCAAUCAAACACUGUUCAAUCAAUCAAUCGAACUAACUGUUCAAACAUUUCUCUGCUGUUAUGAAGAGAAAUCACGAUACAAUUUAACAAGCAAAUUCUAAUCUCGUUCGAAUCUUUUCUGAAUCUCUCACCAUCCGUAUUACAAUCAUCAAAUGGCAUUUGAGAUGUGUGAAUGAACUAAUCUACCAAAUAUUAGAACGUAAGAAAUCGUAAUGGGUUUGUCGAAACCCGUAAAUACUGUUUACGUUUUCUAGAAUCUUUAUUUAUGUUUAACUUCCACCACCAUAGAAUAGUAAGAUUCAUUUUAAUUCGUAACCCAUAAGCAUCAACAUACUGCAAACUUUUCCUUCUCAAUCAGUAACUUUAUCUGAUAAAACAGAAGAAUGGUGAGCAGUGUAAGCGACAGCGAGUGUUUUUUCUCUUCAAAAGCCAUACUUUAAAUUACUUUAAAUAAUGGAAUAAGAUGCAAGUGAGUGUCCUCUUGUACAAAUUAAGUUUUCAGUAUAAUUUGAUUAUAAAUAAUGCCCACUAUAAUGUGCGUAUAAAACAUUUUUCUUCUUCGAACCCACAUUGAAAUUUCUAAUAAAUACAUAUUUG